AAAAAAGAACCUACACAAAUGGUCUCGCGAGAAAAAAAAUAUGGUUUUUCGAUUAUUGUUUACACUAUUGAAAAAACAGAACCGAACUGAACCGAUCCGGAUUAACACGAACCGAACCGUCCCUGCUUGUGAGCAGAGUGGUCGCAGAGAGACGGAGUCAAAAGUCGAGCGUAAUAUAAGGGAUUCUCUCAGUCUUGGAUUGGGAGACAGAUCCGGACUCACCCCGUGAUAAAACAACAAAAGUCUGCAGUUUUUAAUAAUGAGCGUGAAAUAAACCACCGGAACGGGACAGAGUCUGUCUCAGCGAGCGUAGUGUUUUUGUAGGCCGAGAGAAAGGGGUUACAAGAAAACAACAUCCCGUGCAUCCCGCACUUAGAAGCGCAAAUACGGAUCAGGAAAACCCGAGGAUCUUCAGGCCGCCUGAUCGAAACCCCCGCAACAGUAACUCAGGGCCGCUGGGUUCGUUAGGCUAGUGCAUCGAGCCUGAACUUGAUAGGGGUGAGGACGGGGAUCAAAACGAGGCCUCGCCGUGGUUUGGGAGUGUCGAGGGGCCGCGAACAGAAAGAGGAUAAUCAAUUAUCGGUCAGACCCCAGUCCCGGGAUCCGAGAAAGACGAAACCGUCGCAGAAAUGAUGGAAGAACUGCAUAGUCUGGACCCCCGACGCCAGGAGCUUCUAGAGGCCAGAUUCAUGGGAGCCGGGGCCAGCAAAGGUCCAGUUAAUAACGAGUCUUCCAACCAGAGUUUGUGCAGCGUGGGGUCUCUCAGUGACAAGGAGUUGGAGACUCCUGAGAAAAAAACGAAUGAACAGAGGAACAGGAAGCGGAAAGUGGAGCCGUAUGAUACUAGUCAAGCACUGUUUUGGAUGGUCCCAGAACUGUCUGGUUGGUUCUUAAAGAAUCUCAAUGAUUCAACAGCAACAAGAAGUCUUGGGAAAGGCACAACAAGAGGGCAUAAAAUUAGUGAUUACUUUGAGUUUGCAGGUGGUAGCGGCUCAGGAACAAGCCCUGGCAGGAGUGCCCCUCCUGUGGCUCGGUCUUCACCACAACAUUCCUUAUCCAACCCACCUCCAUUCGUACAGCAAGGAAGCCCUUCAUCUACAGGCUCGUCAAACACUGACCAUUCCUGCAGCUCCCAGAAACCCAUCUCUGUCCUGCACAAAUCCACACAGUCAGAUCUUACAAUAGAGAAGCUCACUGCCCUGGAAAACAACAAGAACUCUGACCUGGAGAAGAAAGAGGGCAGGAUAGAUGAUUUAUUACGGACGAACUGCGACUUGAGGCAACAGAUUACUGAGCAGCAGAAGAUGCUGGAGAAGUACAAAGAAAGGUUGAACAAUUGUGUGACCAUGAGUAAAAAGCUGCUAAUAGAGAAGUCCAAGCAGGAGAAGAUGGCAUGUCGAGACAAAAGCAUGCAGGACCGUCUCAGACUGGGGCAUUUCACUACAGUCAGACACGGAGCCUCCUUCACAGAGCAGUGGACAGAUGGAUACGCCUUUCAGAACCUCAUAAAACAACAGGAGCGAAUAAACUCCCAGAGAGAGGAGAUCGAGAGGCAGAGGAAGAUGUUAGCAAAGCGGAAACCACCAGCUAUGGGCCAGACGCCACCCCCAAAUAUCGAGCAGAAACAACGGAAAAACAAAACCAACGGUGCUGAAAGCGAAACGUUAACUUUAGCAGAGUAUCACGAACAGGAGGAGAUUUUCAAACUUAGGCUUGGGCAUCUUAAAAAGGAGGAAGCUGAGAUCCAGGCUGAGCUGGAACGUUUAGAGAGAGUACGAAAUCUGCACAUCCGAGAACUCAAGAGGAUACACAACGAAGACAACUCGCAGUUCAAAGAUCACCCCACACUGAAUGACCGGUACUUGUUGUUACAUUUACUGGGAAGAGGUGGAUUCAGUGAAGUGUACAAGGCGUUCGACUUAACAGAACAGAGAUACGUAGCUGUAAAAAUUCACCAGUUAAAUAAAAACUGGAGAGAUGAGAAGAAAGAGAACUACCACAAACAUGCCUGCAGGGAGUACAGAAUCCACAAGGAGCUGGAUCACCCACGGAUAGUCAAACUGUAUGACUACUUCUCACUCGACACAGACUCGUUUUGUACAGUUCUGGAAUACUGUGAGGGGAAUGACCUGGAUUUCUACCUGAAGCAGCACAAGCUGAUGUCUGAGAAGGAGGCUCGCUCCAUCAUCAUGCAGAUCGUCAAUGCGCUCAAGUAUCUCAAUGAGAUCAAGCCCCCCAUCAUCCAUUAUGACUUGAAGCCAGGCAAUAUUCUUCUAGUGAAUGGGACAGCAUGUGGCGAGAUUAAAAUCACAGACUUUGGAUUAUCUAAAAUCAUGGACGAUGACAGCUAUAAUUCUGUGGACGGAAUGGAGCUGACAUCGCAAGGAGCUGGCACAUACUGGUACCUUCCACCAGAGUGUUUUGUGGUUGGGAAAGAGCCUCCGAAGAUCUCCAACAAGGUGGAUGUGUGGUCGGUGGGAGUAAUCUUCUACCAGGGCCUGUAUGGAAGGAAGCCUUUUGGCCACAACCAGUCCCAACAGGACAUACUCCAGGAGAACACCAUCCUGAAAGCUACAGAAGUGCAGUUUCCUCCAAAGCCAGUUGUGUCCCCAGAAGCAAAGGCAUUCAUCCGCCGCUGCCUGGCAUACCGGAAAGAGGAUCGUAUAGCCGUCCACCAGUUGGCUAGCGAUCCGUACUUGAUGCCUCACAUCCGAAAAUCUGUCUCCACCACAGGUGCCCCUGGGACUGCUAUCCCUUCAACAUCUGGAUCCUCCAAUAGCAGUGCUUCAAACUGAGCUGCUGCUCUGAACAAUGUUGGCAAAGAAGAUUCAAGUCCAAGUAAAAUUUAAAAAGGAGAAGGGUUGGGGGGGAGAGAAAGAAACUCAAGUUGGAAAUGGCUGUGAAACCCAGUUGUCGACCAUGUGCUUAUCAUUUCCUUCAGCAUGGAAGCAUCCACUCCCGACAAGACAUAUGUAUCCAUUAGGGUGCAAGACGGAAAGGAAAAGGGAGAGAGAGGGCGAGGUUUAUUGCCAAGAAACUGUGGCUGCUGGUGAAAAACUAGAUACCAUCAUUAUGACUGAUUUACUUCAAUCAGAACAGCUUAACAUGGUUGAAAGACAGAAACAGAUCUAUUUAUGAUCAUCUUCAGUUGAACUCCUCUGGAACUGAAGUUGGGAUGUUGAUUUAAUUUGUUUCUUUCAUAAAAGUUGUUAGUCAACAUCUUUUGUUUUUCAGAAAUCUAAGCGUCAAGCUUGGGAACAACUGCAUUUUACUCCCUUGCCUUUCAGAGUUUGCGACUACCUGUUGGUGGUUUUAGAAUUAGUGAGUUUUAUUUUCAUUUUUAAUCCCUUGUAUUAUUUUUGACUCCUGAAGUGAACAGGUUACACUUUGUGGAUUACAUUUAUGAAUUCUGUUUUAACAGAAACCAAACUGGAAACUGGCCUUUUGAUAUAAAAAGAGCCACAUGUUUUGAAUUUGGGGUUGGAGUUGAAUUAAAGGGCGGGGGGUGGGGGUGCGUAUAAACCCUUAAAUAAUAAUAUUGAAAGCUAUCUGUGUUUUCCAAUUGCUUUCUAAAACUUAAUGGCCCUUGCACAAGUCUGUAGAUGUAAAUAUUGAGUUUUUAGUCUAAAAAAAUACACACCUGUGCAAUAGACCAUGUUGAGCUCACAUACAAAGUACCAUUAUGUAAUAAAAAUUAUUCUAACACAGACCAGGGUCCCAAUUAGGCCACUUACAAAAUAAGACACAUUUAUUAUUGUUGGUAUUCUUCUAUUGCUGCCUGAUGGCAUAUAAACAGAAAUCAUGCAGGGGUACGUAUGUAAAGUUCACAGACCUUUUAUGGAAUUGUCAUGGCGCAUCAACAGUAGAUGCAUUUCAUUUUUAAAGUCAGUUAUUUUGCUAAAUAAAAUGCUGGCAUCUUUGUGGGCAAGCCUACUAUGUAGUGAAAAUGCAGCUGCCUUAAAAGUUUGAGAUUCUGUUCCAAGCAUAUCUGCAUGAGUACUGUACCCGUACAUACAAAUUAUUUCCUGAAUCAUGGACAGCGAUAUAGUUGAUGCCAAGUUUUUAACUAAAUGUUCUGUCUUAGCUUUUGCUGGUCAGUAUUUAACAUUGGCCCACAGUAUUUGUAAUGUAAAAUAACAAUGCAAGAGAAAUAAUAUGGUUGUGGUAAAAGCAUUGAUAAAAGAGUUGACUAAUUGAUCUAGGCAAACCUUCUUAACUAGUUUGCUAAGCAGUCAAAACACUGUAGCUGUAAUUUUUAUGCUAACAAAAAAGGCUGUAAUUUUUAGUCCAUUUUCAGACACACUGUACAUAGUUUACAGCAGUGAAUUGAAAAGUACUAGCAGACAUCCAGUUAAGGUAUGACUGCAUGCUGUUACUGACUUCUUAAUGACCCAAGAGCAAUAACUCGCUGAUCGUAGUGAUUCUACACAGGUAAUAAAAUGAAUCUUGAAAUACUUUCUAAAAGAACUCUAUCCCAGCAAUAUAUUUACAGAUGUUUGUGUAGCCUUAGUGGUCCUGUAAAAUAGUUGCUGCUAGCUAUUGGCUUACUCCUGUUUAUU